GGUUGCGUGUAUCGCGAUAAUACCCUUCCCAUUGCCGGUAGGAAAGGGGAGGAGGUGCCAAAAAUGCCCCAGCCGAAGAAAGAGCCAAUGGGUUUGGGAGCGAUGGCGGGCGAGGAGAGCAGCGGGAGCUGGAGCUCGUCGACGAACUGGAUUGCCGCUGAGGGGUCCCUCCGAGACUCCAUCUCCUUCGAGACCUUCGAUGAGGAGGCCCCCGCCUUGACCUCGAGCGGCGUUCUCCUUGUCCAGCCGCCGUCCGACGAUCCCCCACCCUGCGAGGUCACCAUCUCGUUCAGGGAAAAGCAUGAAAUUCACGGGAUCUAUGUACGAAGUACAGCCCAGAUGUGUGAGAUAUACCAUGCUGCUGAUCAGCAGAAUAAACGUAAGGAAUAUCUGUGUAGAGUAAGUUCUGAUGCUGCUGCUAGAGAAUUCAUGCCACCAAUUACUUCUGAGCGAGCUAUUACCGAAUCCCAAAAUGGUAAUGAUGAAACUUUGGAAAAACAUGAAAAAUUGGCUACAGGUGAGAGUAACAAUAGUGUUGAAGAUGGUUGGGUAGAAGUGAAGGUUCCUGAUUCGCCUCAACAGAACGACCAAGCAAAUGCUUUGUCAAAGAAGGUUAAUGGAAAUUCCAGUGCAAAAUUUCAGAUUCAUUAUGGGGCAAGAGCUAUUAUUUUUUCAGAUACUCCUUGUCUGUCUCUUACACUUCGGUUGCUUUCACUUCAAACUAAGACGUGCAUUCAUGUAGAGGAGAUUUGUGUAUAUGCCAAUCAUGUCGAUUCCCCCAAUCCCAAUCCUCCUGUGUGUACUGAGGGAAACCUGGAUGAAAAUCCUCUGCCAGCCAUGCUUGUUCCUAGUUUUCUGCAAUUAUCCAAAUUGGGUACUAGCAGAAUACAGGAUAAGUAUUUUUCUGUGGACACAGGAGUGCAAAAACAUCAGCAAUGUUUUGAUAAAGCAGCUGGACAAAGCAGCUUGGACAUGCAUGGGACAGGGCUGCAAGAAGCAAUUUGUAGCAUGAAGGAGCAAAAUUUGGAGCCAUUCCAGGAAGAGACCAUGGUAAAAUCUGAAAAUAUACAGUUGGAAUCUGGCCAGAAGAUGACAGAUCAAGCUGAUCGAGAUUUGGGGCCAGUGCAGGAACAAACUGAGGUAAAACCAGAAGAUGUACAGUUGGGGUCUAGCCAGAAGGUUAUAGAUCAAGCAGAUCAAGAGAUGGGCUCAGUGCAGAAUCAAACCGAGUUGGAACCAGAAAAUGUACGGUUGAGAUCUGGCCUGAAGGUAACAGAUCAAGCAGAUCAAGAUGUGGGGCCAGUGCAGAAACAAUCUGAGGUACGAGCAGAAAAUAUACAGUUUGGUUCCAGCCAGAAAAUAACGGACAUGGAUCAGGUGCCAAAGUGUGUUGUCGAAGAAAAUAAUCCAGCCUAUGGUCGUGUUGAGAAAGUAUUAGAUGAGCUGGUUUCAAGAAUGGGAAGAAUAGAAGCUUUCUGUUCAAGGUUUGAGGAAAACAUGAUGAAACCCCUUAGCUGCAUUCAGAUGAGGCUCCAGCGGAUAGAGCAGCAAGUUGAUGUAUUUGCUGGAGGGAUUCAGUCUUCUGAGAGAAACUCUCGUUCAAGGAUAUCAGCCCCAGAAUUUUCGUUUGACGAAUCUGACUCAGAUAACAAGGAUUGCAACACUUCAUUCACAAAAGGGAUGGACACUGUGUCUACUGACUCAUCAUUUCCAGCUAAUGAUGUUGCAGCUUCUCUGUCUGAAUCAAAGAUGUUUCCAGGUCUGGCCAUUAAGGCACCCAAAUUCCAUAAUGAAGAUGAUUUCUCAUCAUCAGCUAGUGAUGGGGCAACUUCUGUGCCUGAAUCUAAUAUGCAUCCAGGACUGGUAGUUGAGGCACCCGAGUUCCUUAAUGAAGAAGAAGAGUGUACCAACACUGAAGAUACCUUAGAUUCAAGUGUGAGGGAUCACCCCAAGGAUAAAACAUCUCUAUGCAUUGAUGGUGCAUUAGCUUCAGCACUGGCAGCAUUCCUCACAUCAACUACUGUCAAAUCUCCCAAACCCAGCCCAGAUGUGAUGGAAGAACCUCAUGGAUUUUCUGUUGGUAAUAAGAAUGGCCCCGAUUCCACUCCUGUUGGUAUAUCUUCUGAAGGAUCUGAUAAAUUAUCCAACAAAAUUGGCUUGGAGAAAAAUGGUGGUGGGACAUCUGAUGUAGUAAAGGAAACUAAUUGUGGUUGUUCACUUUCAUCAGCUGAUGUUGUGCUAGCUCCGGAUACCUCUUUAAAUGAAUCUGAUUUGAAGGGUAAGGGUUGUGAUACAUCAGAUGCAGCAAGAGGAGUUGCAGCUUUUGAUUACUCAUCAUUGUUAGGUGACAACACGGGCUCUUCUGUGUCUGUGCCCCAUAAUUCAGUUUUAAUAGUUACAGCACCUGAAUUUCCCAUUGAGGAAGAUAAUUUCAUCGAUUAUGGUAAUGCUUCAGAUUCAGAUGUGGAAAAUUUCCUUAAGGAUCAGGAGUCAGUGUCCACUGCUGGUAAAUCCACUUCGGCAUUGGGAAGAUUUCUUUCUUUGAGGAACAUAAAAUCUUCUCACAAUUCAACUUCGUUGGGAGCAACCUUGGACCUUUUUAAUGGUGAUAACUAUGAGUUGGCCUCCUCUUCUUUUGAAGUUCCCUGUGAGGGAAUUGAGAGAGUGGGUGUCGAAAACCAUGGAAAAGACAUGGUUCACAAGGUUGAUUUGGAUCAAAUUUUCAACUUAUUGCCUCCUGAUCAUGGGUUGGAACAGAGGGAGCCUGUCAAGCUAAGACACCAGAAUGGUUGCACUGGACCAACUAUUGAAGGAUCAACUACUCACCGAGUGGCUCUCGAAGGUGGCGUAGAACAGAAGGAUCACGGUUUAAAAUGGUAUGGAUCAAAUUCCACUGAGUCAACUGCAGCAGACGAAGGAUAUUUCAUGCAGAAAGUAUUCGGUUGUAUGCACUUUCAAUCAAAUGGAGGUAUCCACAACAAUUGGCAAGAUGGAAGCUGCCUUGAUGCUAGUGAUGCUGAGGAAGCUGGACAUGCUAGCCAUAGCUUGAACCAAUUUGGCAGAGGGUGGACAGAAGACUGCAGCUCAGAUUCAAGCUUUGAUGAAAAUUUAAUCAAAAGUAAAGUUCAGAUUGACUGGUCAGACGACAGCAGCACAGAUUCCAUUGGAAGAUCUUUCACAGUUAACCAACAUUGUGGACAAGUUGCUGACAACUAUAGAAGUUCACAAGCCUUUGUUGAUGAUUUCUCUGAAGGCGUUGGUCUGAAAUCUGUGGAUUUUAAAUAUGAGAAGUCGUUGGCAGAGCUCAUAUGGCCUUUUGACUUGACGCUGGAUUGUGAAGAUAAUGCAGUUGAUGUGAGGUUUGUUCCAGCAGGAGGUUGGGGAACUGGACUUGCACUUGAAGCCUUGCUGGGUGGAACAUGUAAUGUGGAGGUGCAAGUUUCGACUGUCAAGAAUGCUGAUGAUGGCAAAUUCGUAGCAGCUAAUCUAGUGGAGAUGGAAGAUCCUAGUGUACGAAGUGAGACUUGUCUGUGGGAUGCUGAACUGCAAGGUGAAAUCAGUAACCAACUGCCAAUCUCCAGCCUCAUUUAAGAUGAACAUGAAUGAUUGUACAGCACAUAAAUAAAAAAGGAACUAUUCGUGGGUGGAUGAUGGUUUUAGAAGUAUAAUGGUUGGUUUUCUUCUCUUAUGGUUCUCUUUUAUAUUGUACAUUGAUGUAAAUGACUUCCAAGUAAACGAAGGAAUGGAGUUCGUGGUUGGCUAACCUACUGGGAAAUCAUCUGAAUUUAGUGCAUGAGUGAGCUCAGGUUUGAGAGCAUUCUGCCCUUAAAGAUGUUGUGGCAACCUGCAAUGAGGGACUGACU